GAAAUAUUGACCAGCCCCCUGUAUAAAAGUAACUAGUCUUAUUCUAAUUUUGUUUAAACUUAAACAAACACUGGCAUAAGACUUAAUGACUGCAUUUUUACCAUCACAAUGAGUUUGUACUGAAAAGAAUAAAAGACGUGGAUAUUUAACACCUGUCCAAAAAAUGUAAUUGAUCUUCCUUAAUUAUGAUUUUGCACCAAUAUCAAUCCUACACUGAUAAUCAUGUCAAAGAGGGUGCGUUUGUUUCACCGUGUCACUCAGCCCUUUUGUGGGAGGGGGAUAGUUUUGCAAGGUGACCAACACAAAGUGACGCAUCCGUGUCAUCACACUGUGCGGGCCGGGUCUCAUCCACACAACCGCACACACCAUGAUGGGGUGGCUUUGGAUCGCCGUGGCAACGUGCGCUCUCUCGUCCUGCUCGGGCAAAGGAAAUGAGUGGUGGUGGGAAUAUGAAGAGGGACUACGACAUUACAACCAGGCAGCUCUCAACGAGGAGUUUCCAGAGAAAACUAGGCCUGUGAAUUUUAAACAUCCUCUCUUCCAAUGUCCGGACAUGAGUCCCUCUCCCUCUGUCCCUUCCUCAGUCGAGUUAGUGAAGGCGGCCGACAUCAAAGUCAUUGCUGCCCUGGGAGACUCUAUGACCACUGCCAUCGGCGCCAACGCCUCCAACGUCCUUGGGAUCCCUAUUGAAUUCCGUCACGUGUCAUGGAGCAUCGGGGGCUACGGUUCCUUCCAAGACGUCAUCACCUUGGCGAACAUCAUCAAGCUGUACAAUCCCAGUGUGCUGGGGGCGGCUCCCAGUAAGACGGUGCACGGCACCACGGCCCCGCUCAGCGAGACAGGCUUCAACCUGGCCGUCACCGGACACAACACCUUCAAUCUCCCUGGGCAGACAAGAUAUCUGAUUGACACUCUCAGGAACUAUGAGGGUCUCACCUUUGAGGAGGAUUGGAAGCUUCUGACCAUUCUCAUUGGCAUGAAUGACAUUUGUGAUUACUGCAAAGAUAAGGCUCUGUUUUCAGUCGACAACUUCAUCCACUACAUGACCGUCUCCUUGGAAAUGCUGAUGAAUGAGGUGCCUCGGAUGAUCGUCAACGUGGUCCAGAUCCUCCCCAUGGAGACUCUGCGGGAGGUCCAGAGACCUGCGCCAGGGUGCCUGCUCCAGCGGUCCUUCUGUUCUUGCCUGAUCAAGCCAGUGGCCAGUUCUCCUGAACUACGGGAACUCGUAGAGGUCAAUCUGGAGUUCCAGAAGCGUCUAGAGCAGCUCCUCUACAGCAAUCGCUUCUUCCGGGACGACUUUGCGGUCGUUCUUCAGCCCUUCCUGAAGAACUCCGACCCUCCCCGCCUGCCGAGUGGAAGGAUAGACAUGACAUUCUUCACACAUGACUGUUUCCACUUCACCAUAAAGGGACAUGAGGAGCUUGCUAAAGGGCUCUGGAACAACAUGUUUCAGCCCGAAGGACACAAGCUCAUGGUGAGCAGUUUCUCAGACCCCAUCGACCUGAUCUGUCCAUCACUGGAUCAUCCAUACAUCUUCACCCGACCCAGUGCAGCCAGCAGGGAUGGCCUCCCGCCCCCUGUCCUGGAAGACCCAGCCUCUGCGUCUCCGCCGUGGGCCCCUCGCCCCCUCGUCCUCUGGGCCCCGUUAGCCUGCAUAGCUCUUUGUACUCUACUAUAACGCCCCCGGCCGUCUGUCACGUUCAACACACGGCUAGUGCCAAAAGAACUGGUGUCUGCCAAGGAUGGACGAUACUAUUUACUAUUUAGUCUUUUAGCUGACACGUUUAAUCCAAACCGACUUACACUGCUUUUUUAACGGUGGGUCCUGGCUCCAAAAUGGUGGAUCGAUCCCCCAACCGACUUCAUGUCAGCGGAAACCCUACAGAACUCCCGUUGUAGACUGAGAACUCAACUGUUCAGACGGCAGCCUGGCCCAGGACUUUUGGUUUUAAUUUAGGUUUGGGUCGUUUUUUUACCAUUCCUUUGUUGGUAUUCAGAUCGUUAUCAUUAUUUCUGCUCCAUCAACAACUAAUGUGCAGAAAAUUCAGCCAUUUAUUAUUCUGCUGCUGUCUUUGUUGGCCUACUUUUGUGGAUUAGAUUCUGGAACUCAUUUGCAUUUGAGCUGUAUGAUGAACAUUUCCUUUAUCAUGUUAGAAAUUACCAUGAAUGACACAAAUAUCACAUUUAGGCUAUACUGGAAAAUGUUAUUUACAUAAUGUUUCUAUACAUUGAGCAUUCAACUUCAGGAGCCAUGAAACACGAUCAGACACUCCAGGUUGAAUGGCCCAUUCAUGUCUGAGUUCAUUAUGCGGAGCAGGUGUAAUGAAGGUAAACACCACGGGCAGGUGAAGGCGGUAUCACCCUCAUAUCGUGUGUCAUGGAUUGGGGCACGAACGUGUCUCGGCGAUGAGGCUUCACCACGAGAUAGACCAACUUUAAUGACACAAUGGGAAAGGUUAUAUAGGCUUAUGCAUGCACGUUGGUACAGUUAAAUAGAGUGGAGAGUAUAAUAGUAUAGUAUAUAGAGAACAAGUGCUUUUGCUGUUCAAAUUCUCAGUGGAAAGGUCUUUGUCUGUCUUUGGUGAAUCAGUGUGUGCAGAGUUUAGGCUACAACAGUGGCGCAGUCCAUAGCAUUUAGAGAUGUAGGAUCAUUGACAGACAAUACGAUAAUCUGACAUGGUGUGCAUUUACCAUCCAUCACUGUGAAUUCAGACGGGCAGAAAUGGCUAAUCAUCGGACAAAAGUAGUUGAGUGAGUCCUGUUAAUAACAGAUAGAAGGCCUAGAUUUGUGUUUUUUAAUACUUUAUAUCAUAGGCCUAAUAGUGUUUAUGUUAACGGGUUUGUAAGUAGCAUUUUUAUCAUAUGAGCUGAAUCAUGCAAUGAGCUGUUGUUGCAUAAUUACUCCAUCAUAGCGUUCAUUGAGAAUCCCACUUUAUGUGCAAACAGUCCCUUUACUGCUUGAUUCUGUGCAAAUAUGUGUGGGACGAGAUAGGUCUCGGCGCCUGAUCCAAUAGGAAAUGAAACGCAUCAGGCCGACACCGCCUUGGUAACAAAAGAGCAAAUAAUAUAAAAUAUAUAAUAUAAUAUAAAAGUGUGUCACACUGCCUAUUCAUGAAGCACAUUAACCUGGAACAUUUCAUUAGAUUUCUAUCAAUAAUGUGUGAGGGGGGUUGUCUUUUCAUCCCCUCGCUAUUCAAGCCACCCGUACGCAACAAGGAUGCAAGUGCCAGAGAGAAGGUACUGUAGCAGGAAGGUUUUCAAUUUACUGUUCCCUAGCAACACAAUCAGGAAGCAGAGACAUCCAAUCUCCCAUCAUCCAGUAAGACAAUGGAACCGUAGUCCUUAAUAAACGCAGACAAAUAUGAAA